UUGACCGCUACGGUUUGCUGGUCCUCCCGUCCUAAUCCAGAUGACGGUGAUUUCGCUGUUCUUUUUGUUUAUUGCUGUUGUUAGCUUUUGAGACAAGUGUCCACCGGUGGUCAGUGCCAGAGUUUUGUCUAACAUACGUUAUUUUUUCGGCAAAACCAAAAACAAACACAAAAAAAAAAAAAAAAUAAUUAGUAAAUCAAUUUUGCUUAAGUGCUCGUUAUUUGAUUUCGGUGUGGAAUUUCAGGAUAACAAGCAGAAUGCACGCGAAAGUGUCCUGCACCUUUGCGCUUCUUCUACUCUUGGGUCUGCAGCGCACAGACGCUUCACAUUGGAGCUAUCCCGACCGGGACUUAGAUGAAGUCUUUCCAAGCUGGGGUGGGAUUUGUGAUACCGGCACUCUUCAGAGUCCAAUCAAUCUGAGCAUAAAAAAAUCAUUGAAGGGUGUGUUUGACGAACUGAAACUUGACAACUUCGAAGAUAAACAGAGCGGCGUGACAGUCGUGAAUAACGGACAUUCCAUUCAACUGGCUAACUUUAACAAUGAAAUGGAGGUGGAAGGCGGUCCCUUACGAGAUGAAUACGUUGUCGAGCAAGUGCACUUGCAUUGGUGGUCCGAGCACACCAUCAACAAUAUGCGUUACCCACUCGAGGCGCACAUAGUGAGUCGCAACAAGCGUUAUGCCAAUGUAACCAUGGCGUCCAAUUUCAAGGACGGUCUAACCGUUAUAGCGAUACUCUAUCAUGUCUCGAACGAGCGGAACAAAGCUAUCGACCAAAUCGUCGAUUACUUGGAUGAUGUGAAGGAUUUCGACAAAAUCAACGAACCCGUGCGUAUGAAGAAUCCUUUUGUUGUGCGUCAACUCUUCCCGAAACUCAAUGGUUACAUGACUUAUUCGGGUUCACUGACUACCCCCUCCUGCGCCGAGGCGGUGACCUGGAUCGUGCUUAGUGAAACAUUCCCAGUCACUUUGGAGCAGGUUGACAAUUUCAAGCAGAUCCAAAAUGAGGAAAAACGAGUAUUGAAGAAUAACUAUCGUGAUUUGCAAAAUGCCAAUAAUCGCCCAGUGAUAGUUGUGUUGCCGGUGGAUAAGAGCGUAUCAGAUGCGGCUAGUUCCCUGCAGCUUUCAUUGGGCUCCCUGUUCUUCGUGCUAAUCGCAGCGAAAUUACUGUAAAGCGCCAUCCCGUUUCGAUCAGUGUUGGUAAACGUUGGAAUUGAGAUAUGUGUACAAAAAUAUACAGCAAUUUGUGCGAUAUUUCUUAUGAUUGGCCAUAAUUGAAACUGCAACAAAGUGACAAUGAACAGAAUAUUUUUGUUUAAUUUAUUAUUAAUUGUAUAGAAUUUUUCAAAUUUCAAAACUGUGUCAUAACUCACUGACUUAGCUUUUAAAUGUUUAUAUCUGUAUGUUUACGCGUUAUUAUAUUUAAGUUCGGGUGGCAUUUCGUUGUUACAUACAACUACUAUGUAUUUAUGUAUGUUUAUGUCUAUAUGUUAUUUAUGUGUGUAAAAUCGUUGUCCUAGUCAAAU